CGGGGGGAGCGGGCGAGGGGAGCAGGGGUGUUGGGGGGGGGGAGCCUGAGAGCCUGGGGGGGCUGCAAAAAGAGAGAAAGAAAACAGCAGGAACCACAACAAAACGCCAGCAGGGCGGGCGGGCGCGCAGCAGCAGCGGGGCGGCCGAGGCAGUAGCGGCGGCAGCGGCGGCGGCGGCAGAAGCAGCGGCCAGUGCCCGGCUCGGGCUCCGCUCCCGCGACCCCGGGGCGCCGGGCGGGCCCCCCGCCCCCUCCCCCUCCCCCCUUCCCCUUCCCCUUCCCCUCCCAGCGCGCCCGCGCGCCCCACGGCCCUCGGCGAGCAGCUCGGCUCCCCCCAGCGCUCCCCGGGCCCAAAGAUAUGGCAAUGGUAGUUAGCAGCUGGCGAGAUCCGCAGGACGACGUGGCCGGGGGCAACCCCGGCGGCCCCAACCCCGCAGCGCAGGCGGCCCGCGGCGGCGGCGGCGCCGGCGAGCAGCAGCAGCAGGCGGGCUCGGGCGCGCCGCACACGCCGCAGACCCCGGGCCAGCCCGGAGCGCCCGCCACCCCCGGCACGGCAGGGGACAAGGGCCAGGGCCCGCCUGGCUCGGGCCAGAGCCAGCAGCACAUCGAGUGCGUGGUGUGCGGGGACAAGUCGAGCGGCAAGCACUACGGCCAAUUCACCUGCGAGGGCUGCAAAAGUUUCUUCAAGAGGAGCGUCCGCAGGAACUUAACUUACACAUGCCGUGCCAACAGGAACUGUCCCAUCGACCAGCAUCACCGCAACCAGUGCCAAUACUGCCGCCUCAAGAAGUGCCUCAAAGUGGGCAUGAGGCGGGAAGCGGUUCAGCGAGGAAGAAUGCCCCCAACUCAACCCAAUCCAGGCCAGUACGCACUCACCAACGGGGACCCCCUCAACGGCCACUGCUACCUGUCCGGCUACAUCUCGCUGCUGCUGCGCGCGGAGCCCUACCCCACGUCGCGCUACGGCAGCCAAUGCAUGCAGCCCAACAACAUCAUGGGCAUCGAGAACAUCUGCGAGCUGGCCGCGCGCCUGCUCUUCAGCGCCGUCGAGUGGGCCCGAAACAUCCCCUUCUUCCCGGAUCUGCAGAUCACCGACCAGGUGUCCCUGCUACGCCUGACCUGGAGCGAGCUGUUCGUGCUCAACGCAGCCCAGUGCUCCAUGCCGCUGCACGUGGCGCCGCUGCUGGCCGCCGCCGGCCUGCACGCCUCGCCUAUGUCUGCCGACCGCGUCGUGGCCUUCAUGGACCACAUCCGCAUCUUCCAAGAACAGGUGGAGAAGCUCAAGGCGCUGCACGUCGACUCGGCCGAGUACAGCUGCCUCAAAGCCAUCGUGCUGUUCACGUCAGAUGCCUGUGGCCUGUCGGAUGCCGCCCACAUCGAGAGCCUGCAGGAGAAAUCGCAGUGCGCGCUGGAGGAGUACGUGAGAAGCCAGUACCCUAACCAGCCCAGCCGCUUCGGCAAACUGCUACUGCGACUGCCCUCGCUGCGCACCGUCUCCUCCUCGGUCAUUGAGCAGCUCUUCUUCGUCCGUUUGGUAGGUAAAACCCCCAUCGAAACUCUCAUCCGCGAUAUGUUACUGUCCGGGAGCAGCUUCAACUGGCCUUACAUGUCCAUCCAGUGCUCCUAGACCUUGGGCGCUUCUCACCUGCCCCCGACCCCACUAGAGACUCACAGGACCGGCGCGGGCCAUGGACUCCAAAGCCGCGGGACAUCAGGCGGCUGAUGCUGGGUGCGGUGGGCUGGGCACGCGGGAGGAGGGCCGGGUGGACAGGAGCAGCCCACCCUGCAGAAAUGCAACCCGAGCUGCAAACCAAGAGAAAAAGAGACUCUUUUUAGGAUCUGAUCUGUGAACACUAUGGAAAGGAAAAAAAAAAGAAAGAAAGAAAGAAAAAAAAAAAAAGGACCUUGUGUCUGGUGAGAAAAUGAAAAACAAUUUUGGAAGAGAGGACCAUGAAAAUUUUAAUAAAACAGAAGGAUACUAAUGGACCUUCCAGGAUUUAUUGUGGACGGAUGUGGAUAUAUUCUGUACAGAAACAACACACAUGGAAGUGGACUGAAUCCUAUGUAGAAACACACACACACACAUACACACACCCCUCAAACAUUGUUAUUCAUUUUGUAAAAUACUAGUCUUUAUUUUCAUUUUUUUGUAAAAUUUAAACAUCGUAUGCACAUAAAAAAGAAACAAGAAUUAGGGGAAAAUAACAUUUUCCAAAUAAUUAUAAAAAAUUGUCCUGUGUCUAUGUAUCUAUAUCUGUUUUGUAUUUUUUUCUGGUUCCAAACCAGAUUUCCUGUGAUUCUAUACUAAUAAUUUUUGAUAUAACCCUUUGCUUCUUAUAAUGAGUGCGAUAUAUGUUGUCAAGGCUGUUCUUCAAGAAUUAAAAUUGAAGUGAAAAUUUAAACAAAAAAUAAAAGAAUUUAGCAAAA